AUAUAUGAACGUUGUAAAUGUGGUGGACCACAGGGUCAAGGUCAGCAGACUAGUUGGUCUGCCCUGAAUCCCUUGCUCUGCACUCCUCAUAUUGUGCUGAUAUGGAUACUGCCUGAAAGGGAAAUGGAACAGACCUGCAUCACUCGUGGAGGAGACCAAAACAAUUUGAGUAUUUAUUCAGCCAGCACAGUGCGCCACUGACCAGCGAGGGAACUGUGCCAUAGAUCAAGAAGAAAUGAGCCACAGCAGUAGCGUCGGAGUUGGACUAACUCUAAUUUGGGGGUAAAUACCCUGAUUUACAAUUCGAAGAAGAAUCAACCUCAAAAUCCUGUUUUAAGGGUCCCUCAACUUGGAGCUGAUACUGUUUAAUUUUCGGCAACCUUCAGACUGAAAGUUUUUUUUCUCCUCGUCCUCUGCACCAAAAAUCCAGAAUUCCGUUGGAGCGACCGCAACUUCAACUGCGACGCUUAAUCGCGCCGGACACACCAAUCCACAACAUGUUACAUUGGAAAAUGCGGAUACAAGACAAUGUAACUCCUUGAUGGGAAGCAUUUAAAAUAGUAUAUAUCAGUGCGCGCUCUCGGCUAAGCGCAGCAUCAGCGCCAGCAAUUGAUGCGCGUGCACGCUCCGGCAGAGUCUGCUGCCCGUGAUCCCGGGAAGAGGAGUUGGAACUGCGCGAGUUAAAGUUGGGGAGAGGGCGGUAAAGAAUGCUGUCCUUUCCGGUGAAGAGAGAAUAAUCUACAAACCCAAAUUACUAAUCCUAUUGCGGAGAAACGUUGCCCAAAGUGAAGGAUGAUUUGCAAAAUAUUACGCAUAACUCUUUUAUUUUUGGGGUUUCAACAUUGCUCAUCACGUGAAUGUGUUGAUCCACUGGUCUCUGGGCUCUAUGCCUCCUCCUUCCUUGCCUCCUCCAGAUACAACUUCCUCUACUCUGCCAACUUUGCCAAACUAUAUGGAAGCAGCGGUUGGUCCCCGUCCCCCGGGGACCGACAGCCAUGGCUGCAGGUGGACCUGGGCAGGAAGUACCGGCUGGUGGCCGUCGCCACCCAGGGCACCUUCAACUCCUACGACUGGGUUAGCAAGUACACCCUGCUUUAUGGGGACCGGCCUGACUCCUGGACCCCAUAUGUCAUGAAAGGGGGGAAUUCGACAAUGCCAGGAAACUGGAACUACCAUCAGGUGAAGAGGAACGUCUUCCACUAUGCCUUCACCGCUAAACACGUCCGCCUGCUGCCUCUGGCGUGGAACACUGAGAACGGAGGGAAGAUUGGCGUUCGGCUGGAACUCUUCGGCUGCCCCUAUGACUCCUACGUGCUGCAGUACAAUGGCGACGACACGGUGAUCUACAUGUACCCAGAGAAGAGGUCCCGCACACUAAGGGAUCACUACGCCAUUAACUUCAAGACCCUGGAGCAGGACGGGCUGCUGCUGCACAGCGAGGGAGUGCAGGGAGACGUGGUCACCCUGGAGCUCAAGCGAGGCCGUCUCUAUCUGCACAUCAGCCUAGGGAGCAGCAUGGUGCACAAGGUAAACGGCAGGACCACGUUAACCGCCGGCAACAUUCUGGAUGACCAACACUGGCACUAUGUCACCAUCAAGCGCUAUGGCCGACAGGUGAACUUCACCGUGGACAGCCAGACGGUGACGGCCAUAUGCAAAGGAGAGUUCAGCCACCUGGACCUGGACUCCCAGUUGUAUGUAGGUGGUGUGAUAGAGAGCAACGUGCCCCACCUCCCCACCACGCCAAACUUCCGCGGCUGCCUGGAGAACGUCUUCAUCAACGGGAUCAAUAUUAUCGACAUGGCCAAGAGAGAGGAGCCGGAGAUACGUAUCCCCCGAAAGAAAAAGAUGCACUACCAUUGUCGUGACAUUCUGCUGAAGCCCAUGACGUUUGCCGGACCCAACAACUACCUGCAGGUGCCCGGGUUCUUCCGGAAGCCCCGUAUGUUCGUCAAGUUCAAGUUCCGCUCCUGGGACUACACGGGGCUGCUGAUGUUCACCCGCUUCGCCGACGACCUCGGAGCCCUGGAGCUCGGUCUCAGUGAGGGACAAGUCAACGUCACCAUAUUCCAGCCUGGCAAAAAGAAACUGCAGUUUGCUGCAGGCUACCGCCUGAACGACGGUUACUGGCAUACAGUUGAUCUGGCUGCCAGGGACAACCUUAUGACCCUCACCAUAGAUGAGGAGGAGGGCUCUCCACUGAAGAUCACCAACCCCUUCACCAUACGCACCGGAGACCGCUACUUCUUUGGCGGUUGUCCGAAAACAAACAACACCAUACGGAAAUGUGAGACCAAGCUGAACCACUUCCAUGGCUGCAUGCAACAGAUCUACAUUGACAACGAACAGCUUGACAUUGACUUUAUACUGCAGCGCCAGUGGGGGCGCUAUGCUGAGCUGCUGCUAGGCACCUGUGGCAUCACUGACAGAUGCACGCCGAAUCCAUGUGAACACGAGGGCAGAUGCAUCCAGUCCUGGGACGACUUCAUCUGCCUGUGUGAAAACACAGGCUACAAAGGAGAAGUUUGUCACAUGUCGGUGUACAAAGAGUCAUGCGAGGCCUACAGACUCCAAGGGAAGUACUGGUCUGGGAACUAUACCAUCGAUCCGGAUCUCAGUGGUCCAUUGAAACCAUUUGAGGUGUACUGCAAAAUGAAAUCAUAUAAGGCUUGGACUGUGAUCCUUCAUGACCGUGUGGACGGCACCAAGGUGACUGGCAGUACUGUAGACCGACCAUAUGUAGGCAACGUUAACUACUGGAAUGCUUCCUGGGAUGAGGUCACUGCCCUGGCCAACACCUCCAUGUACUGCGAGCAGUGGAUCGACUACUCCUGCUACAAGUCCCGCCUGCUCAACACGCCCAAUGGAAGGCCUUACGGCUACUGGAUCGGUCGUAACAAUGAGAGUCAUUACUACUGGGGAGGGGCUUUCCGUGAGGUCCAAAAGUGCGGCUGUUCCAUCAACCAGACCUGCACGGACCCCAAGUUCCACUGCAACUGUGAUGCAGACUACAGACAAUGGUACUCAGACAAGGGAUAUUUGGACUUCCGAGAUCAUCUGCCCGUACGGAGGGUUGUCAUCGGCGACACUAACAGAACCAACUCGGAAGCGCAAUACACUGUCGGACCCCUACGCUGCCAUGGCGACAGAAACAUCUGGAACACCAUAUCCUUCGUCAAGCCCACCUACAUCACAUUCCCUACCUUCAAACCAGGCUCCAGCGCUGACCUCUCCUUCCACUUCAAAACAUACAGAGACAACUGUGUCUUCCUGGAGAACUCCGACGAGCAGCUCCGCAACUUCCUUCGCAUAGAGCUCAACACGACCCAGAACCUGGCGUUUGUGUUCAUGGUUGGGGACGGCAUCCUCAACGUGACAUUGAGGUCUCCCAUGCCGCUCAACGACAACGAGUGGCACUUCGUCCAGGCCGAGAUCAACGUGAAACUCGCUCGAAUCAAAGUCGACUGGCAGCCGUGGGCGGUCAGGCGUUUCCCAGGCCAAACGUUUGUGACCAUGGAGUUCUCACACCCAAUUCUCGUGGGCGCGGCCAACCGUACCCUGAGGCCGUUCCUGGGCUGCAUGCGAGGCUUACGGAUGAACGGCGUGCCGCUAGACCUGGAGGGGAAGGUGAACGAAGAGCAGGGGAUUCGCAGGAACUGCACGGGCGAGUGUCUGAAUGCGACCAUACCGUGUCGAAAUAGCGGCCAGUGCAUAGAGGGCUACGCGUCAUACACUUGCGACUGCAACAACACGGCCUUCGAUGGGUUCUAUUGCCAUAAAGACAUCGGCGCCUACUUCGAGAUCGGCUCGUGGAUGCGUUACAACAUACGGAAGAAGCCCAUCUCGGACGAGGCGGCGUGGGCCAACUGGAUCGACCCCCACUUCGACAACUUCAGCCUGGGCUACAACGACACGGCGGACGACGUGGAGUUCAGCUUCAGCACCCUGCACACCCCCGCCGUGCUGCUCUACAUCAGCUCCUUUGUGCAGGACUACAUCGCCGUCAUCCUCAAAACCGACGGAAGCGUGGAUCUGAGGUACAGGCUCGGCCUGAUCACCCAUAAAUAUCAGCUCACUCACAGGAACCUUGCGGAUGGAUACCCCCCACUAUAUUAACAUAACCAGACACAACAGGACCAUCAAGUCUCAGGUACCUGACCACAACACUGUCACG